AUGGCGAGCGGCAGCACAGGCUGGAAGCAGCAGCACGGGCAGCAGCCUCUGGUUCUCCCCUCACGGACCCCUCGCGCACUAACUGCCCCCUUCCGCGCCCCACACCGUUUGAAUCCAACGGCUCGGCUCCCAUUGGCUCUCGCCGGGGCCGGCCAAUCGCGCGCCGCGCCGGCGCGCCCCACCCGAGCCCGUCACCGCGUGACUCGCGCGCUCGCCGCUCCCAACCAAUCCCCGGCCGCCGCGGGGGGCGGGGGUGCGUUACGUAACGGGCGGAGCGGUGAAAUCGGCACGAAGCGGGGAGGCGGGGCUGGCGGUGGGGGAAGAGGAGCGGGCGCGCCUGAUUGGCCAGCGGCGGCCGGGGCGGGCGCGCCCCCUUCCAGCGUACGGCGGUGCGGCCGCGCCGAGCCCGCACAUGCGCAGCUCGGCGCGGCGCUCAGCGCUGUUGCUGUGCGCGACGCCGGCCCCGUUUGGUUUGGUCCCCGGUGUCCGGCGGCCCGGCUGCUUUCAAGGCAGCGAGAGAGUGAUGCCUUCGUCCUUUUAAAUAAGCGUCGUGUUGACUUUAAGAUGAUGUUGUUCCCUGGCUGCCGGAUAGCUGCUACUUCAACAAGGCUUUUGGCUCCAGGUAAUACCUUCAAAGAGAAGCAGCUGAUGCAUGGACUGGGUGUGCAGGCAAUGAGCUUAGAAGGGGGAAGAUGAAAAAUUUGCCAUCUGUGUUGUGCAUAGCAAUCUCUGAUUAAAAGUCUCUGCAGUUUUUCCUGUUUAGUUCUGUGAGACAUUAAAAAAAAUGAGUUAAAUG